AUGGCGAAAUCACUCCUACAAGCUGUCGCUCUGACUUCGGUCCUCGUCCUGUUUACGUCCCCAGUAUCAGCUCAGACGUCCACCUCCGCACCCAAAGCUAUCACAACCCUAGGUUGCUACAGCCAUCCAGACCCUUUGACUUCAGAGGGAGACUACACAUUCCAAACAUCAGGAUAUUGCCAAGGAGUAUGUGUACAACUGGACAAACCAGUGAUGGCCAUAACUGGAGGAUCGACCUGUUAUUGUGGUGACGAACUCCCUGGUUUGGACUUGGAAGUUGACCCGGACAAAUGCGACUCACCCUGCAAUGGCUAUUCUCAGCAGACUUGCGGUGGCAUUGGUUACUGGCAGGUUUACCUUACUGGGUUGACUGCAGAUGUCGAGACAGCUCCGAACAGUACCAGCAGUUCAAGCAGCUCAACCCCUACCCAGUCUGGUGGCUCGGGAACCUCCCAACCCGCAGUCGUCACCAAACCGGGCGAGACUAUCGUCGUGACAGCUUCAGCAACGGCUAGUCCUGAUAAAUCAUCCUCCGGCGGCACCAACAACAAAGUUGCCAUCGCUGUUGGGGUUGUCGUCGGCGUUGUUGGUCUCUCUGCCAUCAUCGGAGGCGUCCUCUUGUUCUUGAGACGCAGGAGGAAUCGAGAAAUUGAAGAAGAGCACCGUCGUAAUGCGGCCGUGAAUUCGUUCGUCAGUUCAAGCAAAUCAGACAAGUCGUCCACAGACCAGCGCCUUGAUCCCUCAAUCUACUCACAUCGCCGACAAAGCAUUGGCAGCAUCGCUGAUGAGCGAGACUUCUCGAGGAGGAUAUUACAGGUAUGUCGGUUCGACUCUGGCAACAGCUAG